AUGUUUUCUGGGAUUCCGAAGUCUCCAGCCAACCUCGUACCUAAAAGCUGCCGCUCACUUCACUCUGCAGCAGCAGCAGCAGCAGCAGCAGCAGCAGAAACUCGACUCGUGCGUGCUUCCGAUCUUUCCACUCUCUUGCAAGGCCGCGUUCCCCGCCCUCAUCUCCUUCAAAUCCACGGCCGGGUCUUCAGGCUCAACGCCCAGCAGGACAAUCUGGUGGCGACCCGUCUCAUCGGCCAGUACCCAUCUCGCGUCGCGUUCAGAGUUUUCGAACAACUGAAGAGCCCCAACGUCUUCCCCUUCAACGCCAUCAUAAGGGUCUUCGCCGAGGAGGGCCUGUUCCCAGAGGCUUGGUCCCUGUUCAGAGCCUUGAAGCGGCGCCGGCUCUCGCCUAAUGACUUCACCUUUUCGUUCCUCCUCAAGGCGUGCUUUCGAUGCGCGAGCGUCAGUCAAGUGGGUCAGAUCCACACCCAUGUCCUCAAAGCUGGUUUUUGUGAGGAUCCUGUCGUGUGUAACGGCCUUCUCUCUGUUUAUGCCAAGUCGGUUAAGGAUGUCGUUUCCGCACGUAAGCUGUUUGAUGAAAGUCCCCAGAGGAAUUCGGUCUCUUGGAGUUCUUUGAUUUCUGGUUAUGCUCAGUCGGGUCGGGCUGAAGACGCGUUGCGGCUUUUUGUUGACAUUGUCCAGGAGAAUUUGAGGCUUGAAGAUGAAAUCCUUGUGAGCGUCUUAUCGGCUUGUUCUACUAUUCAGGUCGCCCAUUUAGAAAGAUGGGUUAGUAUUCUGUCGAAAUUUGUUGAAGAUGUGAAUCUUGAUGAUAUUAAACGUGAUUCAAUCAAUAUUGUUCUUAUACAUUUGUAUGGAAAAUUGGCAAGAAUAGAUAAGUGUAGGGAAAAAUUCAAUGAAAUAACUAAUCAUGGAGUUGGAAGAUUGCUUCCUUGGAAUCUCAUGAUAACUGCAUUGGUGCAAAAUGGUUGCCCUAUGGAGGCCCUGGACAUUUUCCACCAAAUGAUGGAGGAUAGCAACCGAAAGCCUAAUGAAGUUACGAUGGUUAGCGUCCUUUCUGCUAGUGCUCAGGUUGGUGAUUUGGAUCUUGGCAAAUGGGUGCACAAUUAUUUGAGGUCAGAAGGCAGCAAAGGCAUUCUUCAAUCAAACAAAGUUCUGGCAACUGCAUUUAUAGACAUGUAUUGUAAGUGCGGGAGGCUGGAGGGGGCUAAAGAAGUUUUUGAUCAGAUGAUAUGCAAAGAUAUUGUCUCGUUCAAUGCUAUGAUCAUGGGCCUUGCAAUGAAUGGUAAAGGAGAAGAGGCAUUGCGGCUAUUUUCCAGCAUCCAAGAUUUAGGACUGCAUCCUGAUUCUAGCACAUUUCUUGCAGCUUUAUGUGCAUGCAGCCACUCAGGUUUGUUGGAGGAGGGACAGAGGAUCUUUUCAGAGAUGCAGAUGAGAAUUUCAGUCUCUCCCAGUUUGGAACACUAUGCCUGUUAUAUUGAUCUCCUUUCACGUGUGGGUCGUAUUGAAGAAGCCUUAGAAGUUGUUGCCUCUAUGCCUUUUGAACCUAAUAACUUUGUAUGGGGUGCUUUGCUUGGGGGUUGCCUGCUCCAUGCUAGGGGAGAACUAGCUCAGCAUGUAUCGAAAAAGCUUGUGCAGGUCGACCCUGAAAACUCUGCUGGUUAUGUGAUGUUGGCAAAUGCAUUUGCAGCUGACAGGCAAUGGGACGAUGUCUUGGUUCUGAGGUGGGUCAUGAGGGAAAGGGGGUCAGAAGCAGCCAGGGCAUAG